CAGCAAACCAGGCUGCAUCUGCUCAGCCCCAGUCACAAGCUCCCUGCUUCCUCUGUGUGUGUGUGUGUCUGUGUGUCUGUGUGUGUGUGUGCACGCGCGCUAGACACAGGCAUCCGCUCCCAGCAUCUCACUGCCUCCUGCAUCCUCCGGCAGCAAGUGCAGGGCUCUGGCUUCCCGGGUACCACCCUCGCCACUCCAUCCCCUGACAGGGAUUUGCACGCGGGGCACGGCAUGCGGUGAGCACCCGCGGGUGGAGAGGAGCUCGUGGCCAGAAGCAGUGGCGAUGGACAUUGUGUGGACUGCUGUCUAGAGCUCGCGUUCCCAGACCGACCCUGAUCCUGGCAGAGCUGCAAUGCUGCCCAGCAGCAGAGCUGAUCCUGACCACGGCAGACGUGAUCCUGAGCCAGCCAGGCAGAGGGUGGUGGUACGGCGAGGAGAGCCAUGGGGGUGCUGAUGUCCAGGAGGCAGACGGUGGAGAGGGUGCAGAAAGUCAGCUUGGCCGUGUCAGCCUUCAAGGAUGGGCUGCGGGAGCAGCCAUCGACACGGCGUCGGGCGGAGGCGGGGACUGCACGCCAGGGGACGCUGGAGCAGGAGGUGGAAGAGGGAGAGGAGGAAGCCUUGGCAGGACCUUCCCAGCCGGAGGAGAGCAGUGCCAGCAAGGCAGCCUGGGAGCGGCUGCGGGAUGGCCGGGGCGUGGAGCCAGAGGAGUUCGACCGGGCCAAGAGGUUCACGCCACCAGCCUUCAUCCGGCCCAAGAGGGAGCUCCACGAUGAUGAGCCCCUGGACAUCAGCCUGGAGCAGAGGGAGCAGAUCCUGAAUGAUGAGAUGUGUGAGAUCUGCGAGGUGUGGACAGCCGAGAGCCUCUUCCCCUGCCGCAUCUGCCACCGGGUGUACCACGAUGGCUGCUUGCGCCGCAUGGGAUACCUGCAGAAGGACAGCGCCAUGGAGGUGACAGAGACAGCGCACACUGAAACGGGCUGGAGCUGCUACUACUGCGACAACCUCAAUCUGUUGCUGACAGAGGAAGAGAUGUAUAGCCUGAUGGAGACCCUGAGGAACUGCAAGAUCAUUCCAGAGAGCUGUUUGACCCAGGAUGACUUCCUGCACUACAAACACCAAGUGCACAAGCAGCAGUUUGAGCGGACCAUGCCCAAGGCACAGGAGGAGCAGGCAACCCUGCAGUUCAAUGCCCUGGACCCCGACAAGAAGGGGCACAUUGAGUGGCAGGACUUCCUCUCCCAUGAGUCCAUCCAGCUGCUGCAGAAAAUACGGUCGCAGAAUGCCCUUCUGCGGCUGCUGACAGCCAAGGAGCGGGAGCGGGCACGGAUAGCCUUCCUGGCCCUGGACCAGGAUCACGAUGGCUUCAUCGGGGAGGGUGAGUGCCGCCAGGCCCGGCACACCUGGUUCCGCAAGCACCAAAAGGAGAUGCAGUCCUGCAAUGUCAGCAUCAGCCACGUGGGGCCCAUAUCAGAGGGCAGCCCUGCCAGCAGCAGGAACGGCAAGAGCCCGGAGAAGAUCCUGCCAGCCACAAAGCAGGAGGAGACCAGCAGGAGCAUCGACUGGCCCGGAUUCUUGCGGGAGAACGUCGCCUACAUCCUGGCCGCGCGCCCCAACAGCGCAGCCCUGCACCUGCAGCCCCUCGCCUAGACCUGGCCGCGCCUCGAGGGCGCGGUGCCACGCCCACCAUGGUGACCUGCCCCGCUCUCCCCUGCAGGCACAGCCAGGCGCCGAUUGGCUGGCAGGGAAGCGGCCAUGCUGCCCUAUGCCCUGCUUCCCCCUUGGAUUGGCUGUGAAGAGGAUGGGUACUGGGCUCUGAUUGGCUGAGGGAGCGGGAACGGCUCUUGGGUCUCUGAUUGGUGGGGGGAAGCAGGGCGGGGUAGGGCGUGUCCCCACUGUUUCCCACGACCUGCAGGGACCAUGGUGGGCAAGAGUCCCAUGCCCGGGGUCACCAUGGGGUACAAGGGGCAGGGAACAUGCUGUCCCCAUGAUCCCCAUCCCCACAGCACCCAGGGACCUGCAGACACAGCAGGGGCUGCCUUGGGUACUUGUGGGGUGACAGCAGAACCCAGAGCACCCGUGUGUCCCCAGCCUCCCACAGCAUCAUGGGGCAGCACAGCUGAGCCUCUGCGUGCCACAGGCAGCACCCACAGGUGUGCGGCAAGCAGUGUCUCAGCUCAUCAGCAUGGUAGAUCCUCAGGGGAUGUGGCUGACUCUCUUUGGGAUCUUUCACAUCCCUGCCCUACUCCAAUACGGGUUGGAGCCCAGUAGGUCCAUUCCUGCAUGCACAACUCAUGGCUGGAAGAGACCGUUUCCUGACAUGGCUCAACCCUUCCCUGCUGGUAACCAACUAUUUAAUGCCAACAGUGACGGUGUAGGAAGGAGCACUGGUAAAAGAAAGUAUCAGAAGGAGGGAAAGGCCAUAUGUAGGGGGACCCCCCCUAUGCCUCUGAUUUUGCCGGCAGCACUCCCCUGCAUCCCUCAUCCCCUUCUGUAUCCCUGGUUCCAAGGGAUGCUCUUCAUUUGCUUGCCAUUCCAGUCCCACACCAACCCUGUUCAGUCUCACUCUUUUUCCACCACAUCAAGUGGACAGCCUUGUCUCGCUGGGAGCAUUAGUGCUAGAGGUAGGGAGGAGAGGCAGAGGCCAGAACUCCCCCCCCCCCCAGGUGUCAGCUGCAGGGAUGAGGCAUUCACUGAGCCUGUUGGCAGCCCUAAAGUAGAAAGAUGCACUCAGCCCACAGAUGAAGGAGCAGGAAUGCCCAGAAACCUUGCCCCAGACAUGCCAGGGGAUGGGAUGCCCAGGACCCAUGGCAGUCCCAGCAACUGCUCCUGCCCCUCUAAUCCCUUUCCCACAGUGCCCUCAGCCUCUCCCUUCCUGGUGUGCCAUGGCUUAGCCAGGAGGCCCCAGGAUGUACACAGGCCAGGGGUGCACUUGCAGCAACCUGGUCACUCCCUCACCUCCAUCCCCAAUGCCCUGUGGGCAUGAUCCCAGUCAGCCCCCUUCCCCCAGCCAGGGCACAGUUCCCCUCUCCAGGGUCUCCCCCACUGCAAGACCAGGAGGCGCACCAGUGCCACGACAUCUUCCUCUACCACCCUGGCAUGCCAGGCCAAUGGGGAUAUUUUGGAUGCCAGGUCCGAGAUGUGGCCAGAGCGCCAAUGGGGAUAUUUCGGAUGCCAGGUCGGAGAUGUGGCCAGAGCCAUGGCGAGGAGGUGGCCGUGGGUGCGUGGGUUGCAACUCCCUAUCCGUACUGAGAUACAUUCAUUAAACAGCUGUGUCCAGCUA